UUGCUGAAACCAUAGGAAUGCGACACACUUUGCAUUUACAGCCUAAAGCUACAGCACUUUGUGUUGUCUGUAUAGAAAUAUAUCUGUAUAUUUUAACACGCCACCGUCCGUUACAUGUCACCGUGUCCGUAUCGGUCUGUUGUUCUGUGAAGACGUAACGAAGCUUCCGACGAGUUAAACUCUGUUUGAUUCCUUCGCGGAAACAACUUUGUUGCUGCACGGAGUCUGUUUUUUCCUCCUCGUCCUCAGCUGCGUUUCCGACAUGAGAUCAGGUGGAUAGUGUGUUGCCGUGCCUGUGACUAAAAGUUUGAUGAUAGGCCACAGCCACCAUCAUGUUCACCAAAAAGAAGAAGUCUCGUAUCCAGAUCUCCGCUCCAUCCAACUUUGAGCAUCGCGUACAUACAGACUUUGACGAGCAGGAGCAGAAGUUUGUCGGGUUGCCGCGGCAAUGGCAGUCACUUAUCGAAGACACAGCCAGAAGGCCAAAACCCUUUAUCGACGCGACUGUCAUCACUACUGUAGAGCCACGCAAGACAAUUGUACGUGGCAGCAAGCUUGGAGUGGAUGGCUCUCUGACCUGGCUGUUGGAUGAGUUUGACACCAUGUCUGUGACUCGCUCCAACUCCCUGAGACGAGGCAGCCCUCCCAUCCAGCCUCGCAAGGACUCUAGUUCUUCAGUAGGGGGGCAGGAGAACGGAGAUCCUCACCACAGACACUACUCACACCCAGACAAAGACCGACUCAGGUCAGACCACCACCACAGUGGAGGUGACCCCCGUCAGGGUCAGCGUGCACUUCGCCCUCCUCAGUGGGAUGAGGGAGUCCAGGGUCGGCCCCAACAGCAGCCCCGGGGCCAAGAGCCCAGCAGGGCCCACAGGGACAGACCAGGCUCCGGCCCUCCUCCUCCGCCUCACAGGGACAGAGAGCCUCGAGACCGGGACCAGGUGGAUCAACCCAGUGACCACAGGCCAAAGUCCAGCUACAUGGUGCGGGAUGGCAGCCCUCAGUCUCCCAGGGACAAGAGGCCUCUCUCUGGGCCCAAUAUCCGUACUCCAAACCUGCCAGUAACAGAGGGGGUCAUGAAAACUGCCCAACAGACCACACGGCCAUUUAACACCUACCCGAGGACGGACAGCGAGGGUGGACGCAGCCCCACAGGACAGCCGGUUCGACACCAUGAAUCCUCCCCUCAAAAUGGCCCUUCUAGUGGCUCCUCACGAGCUUCCUCCGGCUCCAAGCCCCCUGUAAGCCACCCGCACCCUCAUCACACCUCCCACCCCAGCCUGACCCCUGAGGCCACCCAGCACCCACACACCCCUCACCCCAACGUUCCAGCCCCACGGCCCCCUGUGCCCUCUGGGCCCCCAGCAUCAGGUGCUCCGUCACAGGGCCGCUCACCGCAGAGGGAGCCCCAGAGGGUUUCCCAUGAGCAGUUUAGAGCGGCGCUACAAAUGGUGGUGGAUCCUGGUGAUCCUCGGACCUACCUGGACCACUACAUUAAGAUAGGGGAGGGGUCCACAGGAAUUGUGUGCAUCGCCACAGUGAAGACCACCGGGAAACUGGUCGCCGUGAAAAAGAUGGACCUGAGGAAACAACAGCGCAGAGAACUUCUCUUCAACGAGGUGGUGAUCAUGCGGGACUACCACCAUGAGAAUGUGGUGGAGAUGUACAACAGCUACCUGGUGGGAGACGAGCUCUGGGUCGUCAUGGAGUUCCUGGAAGGAGGAGCUCUCACUGACAUUGUGACACACACCAGGAUGAACGAGGAGCAGAUCGCCACAGUGUGUCUGUCUGUCCUGAAGGCGUUGUCUGUCCUCCACUCACAGGGUGUGAUCCACAGAGACAUCAAGAGUGACUCCAUCCUCCUCACUCAUGAUGGCCGCGUGAAGCUGUCAGACUUUGGUUUCUGUGCCCAGGUGUCUAAGGAAGUGCAAAGAAGGAAGUCUCUGGUGGGAACACCAUACUGGAUGGCACCAGAGCUCAUAUCCAGACUGCCCUAUGGACCAGAGGUGGAUAUCUGGUCUCUGGGUAUCAUGGUCAUAGAGAUGGUGGACGGGGAGCCACCGUACUUCAAUGAGCCGCCGCUCAAAGCCAUGAAAAUGAUCCGAGACAACCUGCCUCCCAAACUGAAGAACCUGCACAAGGUCUCCCCUCUGCUCAAGGGCUUUCUAGACAGGAUGUUGGUGAGAGACCCGGCUCAGAGGGCCUCAGCCAGCGAGCUUCUCAAACACCCCUUCCUGACGAAGGCGGGUCCGCCGUCCUGCAUCGUCCCCCUGAUGAGACAGAACAGGAUGAGAUGAGAUAUGUGACACCAAGACCUCCAGACCCUGGAGGGCAGCGUGUGCAAGUUCAGAUGGAAGAGAAUACUCCUGCACACAGAGGGGUGGCCCACAGAGGUCAGAGGUCACAGAUGAGGGGUCUGUGCGUCAGGCAAAACCCUCGGGAAGAUCUGUGAGCUGCAGAGUGUAAACUGGAUGUGCAGGAGUAUUCUAUUUUUUCUUAUGUGAAUCACUGAACUGUGGGGAGUGUAUUCCUUUAAUAAGAGGCAAUAAGAUGGGGUGUGUGUGUGUGUGUGUGUGUGUGUGUGUGUGUGUGUGUGAGUGUGAGUGAGUGAGUGAGUGAGUGAGUGAGUGAGUGAGUGAGUGAGUGAGUGAGUGAGUGUAGAUGUAUGUUGGUAGCACUGUUAAUGACAGUGUUUCAUGGCAUAUGUGAGAGCAAAGAAGCCACAACUUGCCUGUCGUGUGAUUUUUGCCGAUUUCAUUUAAACAUUCAGUUUUAAUCGAGGACCUGGAACAAUAGUGGCUGUUUUUAUUUUUCCAUUUGGACCUUACCUGGAUUUCAAGUGUGAUGGUGGGGUUUUGCACACCAGUCGGAUACUUUGAAGGAGCCCUGAGCCCAUUGGCUGAUUUUAGAGACAGACGGAGCGCCAUUCUAAUCUCGCUCUUUGACGGUCUGGAAUCUGAAUUUUCUCACUACAAAGAUUUCUCUCGCGGAUGGAUCCCAGACUCAGACACUAUCCUCAUCACACCCAGAACCUACUACUGAGGGAGGAAAUCUUUUGACUCAAAUGAGUCAGACAAACUUUAUUUUGUAGCCAUAUAAACACUAGCUUCCUGUUGUAAACAAGCAAACAUACACUAAGUCGAAAGGUAAACACUGGAGUUGUGUUUUUUUUAAUUCCCUCUUAUUUUCCUGUGUAAGUACAAUGAACAUAGAGAGAUAUAUCAGUUUUGAUGUUUUGCUAUCUCUAUUUUGUGAUUGUUUUAUUAUUAUUAUUAUUAUUAUAAUGAUUUGUUUCCUGGUUUAUUUUAGAGAGAGAUGUGAUGAUUUUUGAAGCACUGUCAAUGAGAGAUAGAAGCUGCACUCCCGCUUGAUUCCAGCGCACAGAUAAUAGACACUAGAUUUUUUUUGUUUUUGAACCAGACCAGAUAGGACUCAUCGACCUGUUUUACAGAAAUAUUAAGAGACAACAAUACCAACCCUUAAAACUGACUGGGUAUAAAAUCCUGACAAAGCACAUACAUUUCAUACACAUUUUAACAUGUUUUCUUUUAAACAGCUGCGUUUUCUAAAGGGUUUUUUUAAGAGAAUGCUUCCCCAACCCUUUUGUUAACCUUAAAGGAACACUUUACCCACAAAAUGACCAUUUGUAUAUCAGUCAUACCAUGUUACCUUGAAUUUGUGAAGAAAACAUUUUUUCUCACAUGCCUCCACGGAAAACAUUGACAUACAUGGUCAUUUAAUUAACAAUUUCAGCUAAUAGAACUUCACAAUCUAAUGGUUCUUCUUUGGUAUUUUGACUUUUUUUUUUCCUUUGGUCAAUUCUGAACCCAGAGUACUUCAUGCUGAUCUGCCGCUCCUUGACAAUGAACACACACAAACACACUUCUGGAUGCUGUCUUAUGUCACUUUUUGUCCCACCCAACUAAACAAACUGACAUUUUUUGUAUGGCGUAGCACACUCACUGUUCUAGUUAUCCUGUACUUUUCUACAACCCUGAUGCCAAAAAAAAGUUGGGAUGCCAUGCAAAACGUACAGAAAAACAGAAAGCAAUAAUUUGCAAAUCCUUUGCGACCUAUAUUCAAUUGAAUACAUACAGACAAGAUAUUUAAUGUUUAACAUGAUAAACUUUAUUUUUUCUGUAUUUACACUCAGUCUGAACUUGAUUCCUGCAACAUGUUCGAAAAAAGAAGGGCCAGGGGCAACAAAAGACUGGGAAAGUUGUGGCGCGCUCAAAAACCAGCCUGCUCUCACUGAAAAACGGCAACAUAUGUCGACGUUGCAAGCAGCUUAUUAUGACCCAUACUUAGAUUUACUGUAAGGUGGCACCCUCUAGCAGCCAUAAUAAAUAUUACAGGACCAAAGACUGCAUAAUGUUGUACAAUAUUAAGGAAGCUCCCACAGGGUGGGCAGGAAAACACAGGACUUGAAUUCAGGAGACUGGUGUUCAUGUCCUGAAGUCACCAUGGACUUAUUUUAAUAACAAUAAUGACAACAUAGCAUAGUAUGCUAGUACGUGUAGCAUGCUACGUUAGUGACAUCUGUGAUGUGUUGUCAUUGGUGACAAAAAGUUUAUUUAGUUUAUCACUUUGAACAUUAAAUAUCUUGUCUCUGCUGUAUUUGGUGGACUUUUCAUACAGUUUAACAGCAUCCCACCUUUUUUGGAAUUGGGGUUGUACAUACAUAUACAUGCGAAACUGCAGCUGUAGAUGCACUGUACUCCUGCUGAGUUCAACUUGUGGAUUCUUCAGGAGAAAAUGGAGAAGCCAGUGACUGAGAGGCCUUGUACCAAGUGUAGGAUGUAGGUAGGACGUACUCAACACUAAUAGUUUGUUUUCUUACAUUGUUGAUCAUUCCUGCAAAGCACAGCUAGCUGUGGUGUGAAGAUAAUGAUGUGACCAUGAACUAAAGUCACUGUUAAUGAUUUUUGAUGCUGUGUAGCUACACUUCUUGGAAGAGGUAAAAAACAACAACAACCACAAAAAAAAAAACGUGCGUAAAAGCAGCAGUACCCUUCAGUGAAUACUUUCUGUAACUUCAAACUGCAGUCGCAUUAUCGCGUAUUUGGACUCAUACAUUCAUAAAAACACUACUAACAUUGCCCUCAGUCUGUUUUCCAACCAGUAGGAGGAGAGAAAAUGUAACAGACUCACUUUGUUUUGGACAGUUGCUGCUGUUAAAUUUGCUUUGCUGCCUUAAUAUAUGCGCACACAAGCAUGACUGCAUGCCUUGCCUGAGGGGAGGGUCUUACAAGUCAAAACAAGUUUGAUUGAUUGGAGUCAAUUUUUCCUGACUACAGUGACCACUCGCUGUAUUCUGGACUGUUUUGAACUCACGGCAUCCUGGACAGCAGGCAUUUCUAAUGCAUUACUAAGCGUUAUAUAUAUUUUUUUGUUACUUCAAAACACUAACAGGUAGUUAUUCACCAUUUUUUGACAGCCGUCUGUCAUGUCUGGCAGAGAGAUGUUACUUCAAAGUAGGGCUGGGCGGUAUGUCAAAAUUUUCAUAGUACGUUUUUUUAAGAAAAAUCAUAUCGCUUUCACGGUAUUUGAUGGUAUUUUGCUCGGGUUCGGCCCGCUUGACAUGCUGCUGUGUGUGCUAUGGCCUAUUCAAGUGCUGGAAUUUGUUAUUUACGUGACAACGCCUGAACGCAACACAGUGCUCGGCUGUCUUGGGGUCGGGUCGGGUCGGCUUUGGUAAGGAAAAUGCACACGUGUCUGUGUGUGAGUUUGUGUUCACAUCUGGGCGAAACUCCGCCGUACGCGCAGUGUGCCGCUGCUAGUUGCAUAUAGGGGAAACACUGCUCUUUUUGGUAAGAGUUCUUCUGGGUCAUCGUGUUCUUCUUCAGCAACGUGUACAGUUGCUUCGCUUUCAGGACUCUCUCUGGCAUCCAUUCUCGCCUCUAAACUUUUCUCUAUGCUCGCACUCUCGCCGGCUCUAGCACACCCGUGGUAUGCAGCGGUGAAAUGGGUCCCCGCUGAAACACUUUACCACUGCACACGUUCCAGACAUUGUUUAGGCUAUUCACCGGUAUUGCGGUAUAUGAAAAAUUCAUAUCUUAACGAAAAUAAAUACCGAUUUUCGGUACGAACCGGUAUACCGCACAGCCCUACUUUAAAGGUGGAAUGACUUUAGAAAAGGCCAGCCCUAAAACACUCUGCCCAUUUGAGUUUUUUUGUAUUUAUUGAGCCUUAUCUUGAUUAACAUUACUAUGAAAAUAGUAUUUUGCAGACACAGGCUCUCUCAUUUCUGCAUCAUCCGGUCACAAAAUCCUCCCCACCUGCCAUAUUCGUUUAGCCACGGGCGUACAUUGAACACUCGCUGUGAUUUCUCCCAAAUCAAUGAAGGAAGGAAAAAUGAUGAGACCUUUAUGUAUUUGAUUUGUGACCUGGAAGUAUUUGAGUUUCAGUGUCUGGAAUACUGUCCGAAACACAGUGAGUCUACCUUAGCAUCCACUUCCUAAAAACAUGUACUCUCAAGUUUGCUUGCAUGGGCUGGAGCAGGUUUGAGACACUGUAGUCUGAACAUGGGUUAAUCAUAAACUUACUUGUUUUCUUCAAAAACAUUCUCUCAGAAGAAAUUUGUGGUGUUUUCACGUUCUUCGUCUCCUCAGCUGAUGUCUCUGGAUCUUUUUUGUGUGUGUGUGUGUGUGCAUGUGUGGGAAGAGCCUCUAAUGACUCACAGAUUAUGAAACGUGUUGUGAUGUUUCAAGUUUAUAAUCAGAGACGUGAUAGCUGAGUUGAGUGACAAUCUGUGAAUUUUAUUAGUUUGUCUUUUUCAGGCAGAAUCUUAAAUUAGAAUAUUGAUCCCACAUAAAUCUUUUAAAUCUGCACAUAUUGGUUCAUCACUGACUUACUAUGUUUAGAGAGAACUAUAAACACUUGUUUUGGAUUUACAACAAAUACACUUUAUACUGAAGGUGCAAACUUCUCCUCCAACUAAAUGCUGGCAAAUUCAGCCCUGUGUGGUUUUGAGAGGUGGCUGGUGGAAUGGUGAAAAUGACCAACUAAUAUUGGGACUUAGAAAUUUGACAGAAAAUUAGGACAAACUAUAGGGAAUAUAUCAUAAUCUGAGAUAUCAUGAAUUAAGUCAUAAUCCUGAGAAAAGAAAGUUCACGAAAAGGUGUACUGAGAAAGAGAAAGCUGAUAACAGUUAAAUAUGUUGCAUCAGGAGCAAAAUGUGGUUUUGCCAACCUAGUGACCAGAAUAAAUGUUGUCAUUGUACUUUUCUGCAAACCAUGGAUAAGUUAUUGUACAUUUCAUAUGUAGUGGAUAGUGGUAGUGGUUGAAACUUAAAGUUUCAGUUUUCAGUGUUGUGAUAAUGCUGACACACACACACACACACACACAAAACACCAGGGCCAUGUUUACACCUUGUAUCAAAACACAUCCUGUGUGAUAGUAUCAUCCAGGAUGCAUUGAUAUGUCUCCAGUGUGUCUUGAGAUCUGAUCACUCAGACCACAUUCAGAGAUGGUCUGAGUGAUCAGAUCUCAGCUCUGCAGUGUGAACGCUUAUAUGUCCUGGGCCACAUUGAACAAUGCCCUCGAUUAUGUCACAGCCCACCAGAUAAUAUAACUUCUUCAUCGGCUGUUUGUCAAUGUUUGGCUGUCGCUAAGCUUCUGUUGCCCCCGGUCUUUGCUGUGUCCUGCACAGUUUCCCCCUCGUCGGUCCUAGUUUUUAGUUCAGCAUGUUGAAUUGAUGUCAGAGACGGCACAGCCCGUUGGUAUUUUAGAUCACUCUGAUUGGCAGUUCAGCUUAGUGCACAAAAGGAGAAA